UCCCCCCCCCUUGGGCCCCCUGGGGACCAGAGGGCGGGUAGUUGUUCCCCCUGGCCUGGAGGGCGGGGGCGCUGCGGCGGGGCUCCGCAGAAAGCCCGCGGGCACCACCGCCUCCAUCGUGCUCUCUGCGUCUGCAGGCUAGAGGCCGGCUCCUUCCGGAACCCCAAGCUCUGUCCCCAGGGAGCCAUGGCGACGUCCAGGGCCUGUCUCUACCUUUGGAUGUGCGUGGCUGCAGCGCUGGCGUCUUUCCUGGCGGGCUUUAUGGCGGGCUGGUUUAUUAAGCCUUUGAGAGAAACCACCACUUCACUCCCCUAUCAUCAAAGUAUACGGUGGAAACUGGUAUCUGAGAUGAAAGCUGAAAAUAUUAAAUCAUUUCUUCGUUCUUUUACAAAGCUUCCUCAUCUGGCAGGAACAGAACAAAAUUUACUUCUUGCUAAGAAAAUCCAAACCCAGUGGAAGAAAUUUGGACUGGAUUCCGCCAAGUUGGUUCAUUAUGAUGUCCUCCUAUCCUACCCCAAUGAGACAAAUGCGAACUAUAUAUCAGUCAUGGAUGAACAUGGGAUUGAGAUUUUCAAUACCUCCUAUCUUGAGCCACCACCAGAUGGAUAUGAGAAUGUUACAAAUAUUGUUCCACCAUAUAACGCUUUCUCAGCCCAAGGCAUACCAGAGGGAGAUCUCAUAUAUGUGAACUAUGCUCGUACUGAAGACUUUUUCAAACUGGAAAGAGAGAUGAACAUCAACUGCAGUGGCAAGAUUGUUAUUGCAAGAUAUGGAAAAAUCUUCAGAGGAAAUAAAGUUAAAAAUGCCAUGUUAGCAGGAGCCAUAGGAAUCAUCUUGUACUCAGAUCCAGCUGAUUACUUUGCCCCUGCCGUACAGCCAUAUCCUAAAGGAUGGAACCUUCCUGGAACUGCAGCGCAGAGAGGGAAUGUGUUAAAUUUGAAUGGUGCUGGUGACCCGCUCACUCCAGGCUAUCCAGCUAAAGAGUACACCUUUAGACUUGAUGUCAAAGAAGGAGUGGGAAUCCCCAAGAUCCCUGUACAUCCUAUUGGGUAUAAUGAUGCAGAAAUAUUACUACGUCACAUGGGAGGAACUGGUCCACCAGAUGACAGCUGGAAGGGAAGUCUUAAUGUGCAUUACAACAUUGGGCCUGGCUUUGCAGGGCAUGAGUCCUUCAGGAAGGUAAGAAUGCACGUUCAUAACACUAAUAAAAUUACAAGGAUUUACAAUGUCAUUGGAACGAUCAGAGGAUCUGUGGAACCUGAUAGGUACGUUAUUCUAGGAGGUCAUCGAGACUCCUGGAUGUUUGGAGCAAUUGACCCAACCAGUGGGGCUGCUGUUUUGCAAGAAAUCGUCCAAAGUUUUGGAAAACUGAUGAGCAGAGGCUGGAGACCUAGGAGAACCAUCAUUUUUGCCAGCUGGGACGCAGAAGAGUUUGGGCUGCUGGGCUCCACAGAAUGGGCUGAGGAGAAUGUAAAAACACUCCAGGAGAGAAGCAUUGCUUAUAUCAACUCAGAUUCAUCUAUAGAAGGCAAUUAUACUCUCAGAGUUGACUGUACACCCCUUCUUUACCAAUUGGUAUAUAAACUGACAAAAGAGAUCUCUAGCCCAGAUGAUGGUUUUGAGAGUAAAUCUCUUUAUGAAAGCUGGUUGGAAAAGGAUCCUUCAUCUGAAAAUAUAAAUUUACCUAGAAUCAACAAACUUGGAUCUGGAAGUGAUUUUGAAGCUUAUUUUCAGAGACUUGGAAUUGCUUCAGGCAGAGCUCGUUACACUAAGAAUAGGAAAACAGAAAAGUACAGCAGCUACCCGGUAUACCAUACGAUUUAUGAGACGUUUGAAUUAGUAGAGAAUUUUUAUGACCCUACAUUUAAAAAACAGCUCUCUGUGGCUCAGUUACGAGCAGCACUGGUUUAUGAGCUCGCAGACUCUAAAAUCAUUCCUUUCAAUAUUGAAGACUAUGCAAAAGCUUUGAAAAACUAUGCAACAAGUAUCUACAAUUUAUCUAAGAAACAUGACCAGCAAUUAAGAGACCAUGGAGUAUCAUUUGAUUCUUUAUUUUCUGCUGUGAAGAACUUCUCAGAUGCUGCUUCAGAUUUUCAUAGAAGACUUAGACAAGUUGAUCUUAAUAAUCCUAUUGCAGUGCGAAUCAUGAAUGACCAAUUGAUGCUCCUGGAGAGAGCAUUCAUCGAUCCCCUUGGUUUACCAGGGAGGCGGUUCUAUAGGCACAUCAUCUUUGCUCCAAGCAGUCACAACAAAUAUGCUGGAGAAUCAUUUCCUGGUAUCUAUGAUGCUAUGUUUGAUAUUGAAAAUAAAGAUGACCCUCGUUCAGCCUGGACAGAAGUAAAGAAACACAUUUCGAUUGCAGCCUUUACAAUUCAAGCAGCAGCAGGAACUCUGACAGAAGCAUUAUAGUAGUAAGGCCUCAGCCAAGUGGCUAGCCACUGAAAUUGUUACUGAAAGUCUUAGGAUAAAAUUGUUUUUUUGAUAAAUCUUGCUUUUCAUGUCAGGUUUUGAUUUUAGACUUCCAUCCUGUCCAACUGUGAAGUUUUUUUGUCUCUUUAAAAAAAAUUCAUAACCUCCUCAGCGAAAACAAAACAACUUGUCACAGGGCAGAAAGACAUAAAGAACCUGAAAAUUCCCUAAAAUGAAAUACAGCAAGGAACUUGGAAAAAAGUUGUUUCUUACAAAGUUAAAAAUACAGUUGACCCUUGAACAACAUGGGUCUGAACUGCUCAUGUCCACUUAUACAUGGAUUUUUUUCUCCUGCAGUACACUAUAUAUGCAUUUACUCUUGAUGAUUUUAACAUUUUUUCUCUAGUUUUAUUGUAAGAAUAUAGCAUACAUGUACAAAGUGUGAGUUAAUCAAACUUUGCUAUUGGUAGGCUUCUGCUCAACAGUAGACUAUGAGCUGUUAAAGUUUUAGGGAGUGAAGUUGUAUGAUGGAUUGGCACCUCUAACCCUCACAUUGUGCAAGGGUCAACUACAGUAACUUGCAAGUUAUUGCUUCCUAAGUUAUUUUGUUUUCAUCCUCUUUAAUCAAUAGGUGAUCGUUAUGAACAAAUGAAUGAAUGAACGUGGCAGUGUGAUGUAACUAAUCAGAUGUUAUUACAUACAAAAUGUCCUUGAACUAUUUCCUAAAAACGUUUUCCCUUAGGAGUACUUUACCUAUGAGAUGUUUUAUGUAAGCAACUUGGUAACCACAAAGCAAAAAUCUAGUGAUGAAAUAUAUAUAUAUAAAAAGGGAAGACUGAACAAAUCAUCAUGGAAAUUCACUUUACAAAUAAAACAAACAGAAUGCACACAGCAAGAUGGCAGUAAUUAUGAAUGGACUGAAUUCACCAAGCAAAGCACAGAGUGGCUGGAAGAAAAAAAAAAAAAACUACACUGUGUAAAGGAAAUUCAUUUUGGCUCUUAAGACAUACACAGGCUCAAAGUGUAGGAACAGAAGACGAUAUUCCAUGGAGGUGGAUACCAAAAAAUAAAUAAAACACAAAAGUGGGUGUGUAGCAAUACUUAGCAAUACAUAGCCAGAGAAAAUACACUUCAAGCCAAAAAACAUUAACAAGCAACAGAGAAAUCAUAUAAUGAUAAAAUACAUCAAGAAGAGAGAAUACAUACACCUCCAACAUCAAAGCACCAGGAUUAAAAAAAUUCUCACAUUUAAAUGGAGAGAUACUUCCUUAACAGGGGACUUUAAUACUAUUAGAAUAAACAUGUAGACAGAAAAGAAGGAAACACUGAAAUUGAACCAAAACAACUUAGAAAGCAAAAUGAUUUAGCAGUUUUUUAUAGAACAUUCCAUCCAAGAGCAGAAUACACAUUCUUCUCAAGUGCAUAUGAACGUUUUCUAUGGCAGAUCCUAUAAGAGGGCACAAAAUGAAUCUCAGCAAAUUUAAGAUUGAAAUCAUACCAUCUUUUCUGACCACAAUGGUAUUAAUUAGAAAUCAGUAAGAGGAAGCUACCAAUAUGUAGGAACUAAACACUUCUAAACAAGGAGUCAAAAAAAUGGGAAUGAACUAUCUCAUAACAAAUGAAAAUGGGAGUAUAACACAUCAGAUCUUAUGGGAUACAGGAAAGUAAAUGGGAGGAAAGAAAUCACAAAAAUCUCAAGCAACUUAAUUGUAUACUUCUAGUAAGAAAAAAAAGAACAAACCUAAAGGUAGCAGAAAAUAAAAUCAAAGCAGAACUCUAUUUCAGGAAAAAACUAUCAAUAAAACUAAAAGCUAGUUCAUCGAAAAGAUAAAAUUGACAAAUUUUAUUAACUAGAUUCAGAGAAAGAAAAUUAGAAAUGAAAGAUCUUACAACUGAUACUACAAAAAUACAUAAGAUUGUAAGAUACCAUUAGGAACUCUGUGCCAAAAAUUAGAUAAACUUGAAGAAAUGGACAAAUUUCUACAAACAACCUACCCAAGAUUGAAUGAAACACAAAGAGAAAAUGUGAAUAUACCAGUAACGAGCAAGAGACUGAAUCCAUAAACCUCUUGUAGAAAAUAUAACCCAGGACAAGAUGGCUUCAUUGGCAAAUUCUAACAAACUCUUAAAUACUAAUCUUUUUCAAACUCUUAAAAUAUUUGAGGUGUAGGAAUCAUUUCCAAACUCAUCUUAAAAGGCCAGCAUUAUUUUGGUACCAAAGUCAAAUAAGACCACAAUAAAAAAGGGAUGUCUUGGUGGCUCAGUCAGUUGAGAACCCAACUCCUGAUUUUGGCUCCGGUCAUGAUCGCAGGGCUGAGAGAUUCAGCUCUGCAUCAAGCUCUGCAUUGGAUGUUGAGCCUGCUUAAGAUCCUCUCCCUCUCCCUCUGCAACCCCCAGCCCCUUCUCACACGUGCAUGCUGUCUCAAAACCAAAAAACAAAAAAGAACCAUAGACCAGUAUCUCUGAUAAACAUAGAUGUAAAACAUCUGAACAAAAUAUUGGCAAACCGAAUUCAAGAACACAGAGAUUAAAAACCGAGACUAAAUAGGAUUUUUCCCUUAGGAUACAAGCAAGGAUGGUUCAGCAUAUACAAAUCAAUACAUGUCCUACUUCAGAUUAAUGAAAUGGAAGAUAAAAAUCAUGCAUCUGACAAAAUGCAACAUCCUUUCAUGAUGAAAACUUUGGGAGACUGAGUAUAGAAGCAUAACACACUUCAGCAUAACAAAGGCCAUCUAUGACAAACCCAUAACUAACUUACUCAGUUGAGAAGAACUCAAAGUUUUCCCUUGCAUCCAAAUCAGGAAGGAAGAGGUCAAACUGUUCCAUUUGCAGUUAAUAUACUUUACGUAUGUAGAAUCCCAAAGACACACAACCAAAAAAACCUGCUGGAACUAAUCAGUGAUUUCAGUAAAGUUGCAGGACAAAGUACAGAAAUAUAAAUAAAUCACAUUCUUAUAUACUAAGGAUAAAAUAUCUGAAAACGAAAUAAAAUUAUCCCAUUCACAGCAUCAGAAACAAUCUACUUAGCAAUAAAUUUAAUCAAGGAAGUGAAAGAUCUGUACAAUGAAAACUCUAAGACUUUGCUGAAAGAAAAUCAAGACACAAAUGGAAAAGACAUCUUACGUUCAUGGAUCAAAAACAAUAUUAAAAUGUCCAUAUUACACGAAGCCAUCUAUAGAUUUAAUGCAACCCCCCUCAAAAUACCAAUGGCAUUCUUUACGGGAAUAGAAAAACGAUCCUAAAAUUUGUAUGGAACCCCAAAUAGCCAAAGUUAUCUUGAGGGAAAAGAACUAAGCUGGAAGUAUCCCAUUUGAUUUCAAACUAUACUACCAAAACAGCACAGUGCCAACGCUAAAACAGGCAUAUAGACCAAGAGAACAGAUUCCAAAACUAAACCCCUGCAUAUAUAGGCCAACUAAUAUUUGACAAGGUAGCAAAGAACACCCAAUGGGGAAAGGACAGUUUCUUCAACAGACAGGUGUUGGGAAAACUGGAUAAACACAGAGCAAUGAAAUUAUACUCUUCUAUAGCUCACAAAAAUUAACCUGAAAUGGAUCAGACAUUAAACAUAAGACCUGAUACUAUAAAACUAGAAGAAAACAUAGGGAAAGCUCUUCAACAAUGGUCAUAGUAAUAUUUGAAAUAGGACUCCAAAAGUGCAAACAAAAGCAAAAAAGUCAACAAAAUGGGACUACAUCAAAGUUAAAAGUUUUCACACAGCAAAAGAACAAAAUAAAAAAGCAAGGUAGAGAAGAAAACUUCUGCUAAUCAUAUAUCUGAUAAAGUGUUAAUAUCCAAGAUAUACAAAGAACUCCUAAACUGGAUACAAAAAAAAAAAAAAAAUCAAAGAAUCCAAAAAAUGGGCAGAAUAACUUAACAUUCUCUAAAGAUAUCCAUCCAUGUGGUCAACAGGUGCAUGAAAAUUAAUCAGGAAAAUGCAAAUUAAAACCACAGUGAGACAUCACCUUAUGCCUAGUCAAAUGGCUAUCAACAGAAAAACCAAGGUGCGGCAAGGCUGUGGAGACAAGGAAGCCCUUGUGCACUGUUGGUAGGAAUAUAAAGGGAGCUCUUCUGUGCUGUUGGUAGGAAUAUAAACUGCUACAGCCACUAUGGAUAACAGUAUGGAGGUUCCCUAAAAAAAGAACUAUCACAUGAUGUAGUAAUUCUACUUGUGACAUUUAUCCAAAGAAAAUGAAAACACUAAAUCAAAAUGAUAUAUGCACCCCAUCUUCACUGCAGCACUAUUUACAACAGCCAAGAUAUGAAAGAACCUGUGUCCACUGGCAGAUAAAGGAUUUUUUUCUUUUAAAUAUUUUAUUUAUUCAUGAGAGAGACACAGAGAGGCAGAGGUAGAAGCAGGCUCCAUGCAGAAAGCCCAAUUUGGGACUCAAUCCUGGGAUCCGGAAUCAUGCCCUGAGCCAAAGGCAGACACUCAACUGCUGAGAUACCCAGGCAUCCCGACAGAUAAAUGGAUUAAAGAAAUGCAGUGUAUAUACACUGAGCAGUGUGUAUUCACUCAUGAAUACAUCCUAGUAGGAUAUACAGGAUAUCCUGUUUGUGACAACAUGGAUGGACUUAGGGGCACAUUGUGCUAAGUGAUAUAAGUCAGAUAAAGACAAGUGCUAUAUGCUGUCAAUUGUAUGUGGAAUUUUGAAUGACCAAAAUUGUAGAAUCAGAAAAUAAAAUGGUGAUAACCACAGGACAAAGGUUGUGGGGUUCAGAGCAGAUGUAGUUUAAAGGUACACAUUUAUAAGAUGUAGUUAAUACACCUUAGAAAUAUAAUACCCAGUACAAUGAAUAAAAACAUAAACUUGUAUUAUCAUCAUCAAACUUGCUAAGAGAUUAGAACUUAAUUACUCCAACCACCAAAAAUAAUUAUGAUUAUGUAAUAAUUACAUAAUGCAAUAGAGAUGCCAAUUAUUGCUUCAAUGGCAAUCAUAUUACAAUAUAUAAAUGUAUCAAAUUAACAUGUUGUAUACCUUAACUUUCCUUGGAAGCAGAGGCCUCUGUGGUUGGUCAAUUAUCAAGAGCACAAAGGAAGUCACUAAAAAGUGUUUUUGUUAAAUGAAUUAAGCAAAGGGAUGGCUACAAUGCUAAAAAUGCUCACAAACUUACAUCUUAUUAAAAAUGUUAACAAAACUUGUAAACUGCAUACCUACCAAACUCAGAACUUUUUGGAGAAAAACUAUUAAGAAAGCUAAAAUUCAGCUGGUCUCAAGAUUAUCUGGCAAAGCACAACAUAUGCAAAGUAAAUCAUCCAUAUAAGCUAGAGAUCUCCCUUUGGAAGAAGGGCCCUAUAAUUUAUAACUAUAAUUUUACAUUUGGUUCUUGAUUCAUUAAACACUCUUUUAAGGUGGUUUUAAAAAAAGUCUUUCCCUCAUAAUUUCAUGGAACAUCUUCCCUAGCUUUUCACAAUGAGAACUCAUCCAGUUUUCACAUAAUUGAAGAAUGAGUUUGUUUGCUUAACACACCAAUAAUUUUAAUGUGCUGCUUUUCUUUCACCCCAUUACAGUGACACUCUUUGCCUAUGUACACAGUCAAGUAUACAGAGAUGCAGGAAAAUUGUCCCAAAGUCCAGAUGAUAAUAAGGCCAACUUACAUGCACAAGUCUUUACAUGACAAAUUCAUUGCUAUGAGCCUGUCACUUUCAUUCAGUCUUGUAACUCAAUCCUUAAUUUUUGUCAAUUGCCCACCAGCCUUUAGAGGUCCUCAUGAAGUAUGUCAAUGGCUCCACUGAUUGGCACAAAAACUGAAUACCCACUAUCCUUUCAUGAUAAUUUGGUCAUAUGAUACUAACAAAAAAAAAAAAAAGACUAAUUAAAAAAUGGCAGUUACUAUUUUAGGUUUAGGUGACUUUGGCAGUUACUAUUUUAGGUUUAGGUGACUUAGAUGCCUUUAGUGUCAUGGUAAAGAGUUUAAGGAUUUAGGAAUCAAAGUCCCUCAAUUUAAAAUCUAAUCUCAAAAAACUCUAAUCUCACCAUUUGCUACCUAUGUGACCUGAGGCAAUGUAGGUAUUUUUCCUUUGCUUCUGCUUCUCUAGCAGUAAAACACAGAUAAUAGUAUAUAAUCACAUGGAGGUGACCAAAAACUAAGUAAGAGCAUUUACACUCGAGUUGCUAAAAGCUCUUGAACAAAAAAUUAGCUGUAGUUGGGUCUACCGUUUUUGAAUUACUUGUAACUGAUAACUAAAUUCCCAAGCCUCAAUUGCAAAAUUUGUAAAGUCUUCUAACCUAAUCAAGUGAAUAGUGUUAUUACUUUUCCUGAUAGCUUUAAAUUACGUGCCUGGAAAAUUAAACUAGAAUUCCAUCUAAUUGAGUACCUUUCAGUUCUAAUUUUCAUUAUCUUGAUACUGGCUUUCUGCUCCCUUAAAUUUGUUCCUUCCUUUUGCCUCCAACCCCGGUUCUUCCUGCUGAUAACUUAGGGCGUUUUAUGGAGGUUGGGGAAGGUACUUGAAGGAAUCCUUGAGUUAUCAAAACCAGUCCAAGUCGGCCUCUACUAUUAGGUCAUCAGUCAGAUCAGUAUGUUAUUAAAAUCUUGCUUUCAUUAGUAGGGAGCCUUUUAAAGCUUUACACACAAUUGUAAUUAUAAGAAACCCAUUAAUUCUAAUAAAGCCCAUGUAUUGAACAUUUAUAACUUGUAGAUUUUAUUUGUUGACACAAUCUUUACAUUUUCCUCCACCUUAAGAAUAUAUCAUGCCUAACUAAACUGUGUGAUCACUGAUGCUGACAGAAUCAAGCAAGAGACAGUCUGGUGAAUUUAUGAAUUUACGUUGUUUUGUCAACCCAGCAGCCUUCCUUCUCUGUCCUGGCAAAGAACUCUUCUUUCAUAAAAGGGACUCAUUACAGGUGGUUUCGGGGACACACAGUGCACAUUCAGGGUGUAAGCCUGAACAAUCCUUUAUUUGACUUAUCUCAGCACCUGUGUACUUCUACUUUAUCAUACUUCAGGGCAGGGUCUGUCAUUGUUUUUCGAAUUUUCAUUGAGGUGCCCUCAAAUGUUCAGAAUGCUAUCAAUUCUGCAUCCUCAAAGUUAGCUAAAUAGAAUUAUUUACAUUAUUAUUAACCUAUGAUUUCCAAAUCCUGAGAGCCAGACAAGGCCUCACCAUGAGCUUCAGAACUUAACCAAUAGACUGGACUACUUCACCUGGAUGUUAUAAACAUUCCUGGGAGUCAGCAGUCCUUUAUGACAACCACUUUUCCAUAUCCAAAACCUUUUUCUACAUUCCCUGUCUUGUUCACAAACCUAGGAGUUAUCCAAAACCUUCAUUCUCUAGUCCUUAAAACGUUUCAGUUCAAGAUCCUAAGUCCCUUCAUUUAUCCCCUUCUCUUCCUACUGCUUUUGUUGCAUUUCAUGCCUUCAUCCUAUCUGGCCUUUUAACUACUUCCAAUUACACCUUCGUAUCAAACUGAUUUUUCUAAAUUAAAAUGCAAGCCUUAUUGCAAACAUAGGGAACAACCUAAGUGAAGGCAAAAGGUGACUGAGUCUGUACAAGUCUUGAAUAAGACUAAAGGCAAAAAACUCUAACAAACAAAAUGCCCACUGUACUCGAGUUGAUAAAAUUUGUUCCCCGUGGGAAGUUAGUAAUUCUGAUACUGCUAUACAUGUGUACUGGAGCUGAACAAUUAAGUAAAUGGAUGGCAGACGGAAGAAUCCACAUUUUCACUGCAGGAGUAAGUUACAGAGAAAUGAGGAGGCCAGAGUGAUGUACAUGGUAACAGUUAGUGUUGGAGAUAUAAGUAUGAAUUCAUGUUUAGCUUAAUGUAGAUACAAAUGGUUACUUAUAGAAAUAUUUAUAGAUAUAAGUAUAAACACAGGUUGAUAUAUACAUUUCCUUGCUAUCAGCUAAGUGAGCCUAGAAGCAAAGACAAGUCUGUGGCUAUGAAUGUACACCUAAUAUCCAGAUAUUAGUUUCUAAUACCAUUCUUCAAUAAACCAGGGAUCUUUGGAGAAGUGGCUAACUGGAGGGAGCAUCUUGAAGUAGCAGGAAAAAAGUACUAAACAAAAAACUAAAAAACCCCAUAAUGAGAGGAUAGCAGUCUAACAGAAAAACACAGGAGCAAUGGAAUGGCUUUAAAAACCAAAGCUGGAACAAUCUGAGAAACAAAACAAUGUAAUACUAGAUUAUAACUUGAAAUAGGAAAUAGAGUCCAUAAUGAAAUAAAAUAUGAAGAGACAAAUCUCCUAUGCGCAGAAAUUCUAAAUAAUGUAAAUUUUCCACCCUUGAAAUAUAAUUCCCCACUCCUAUUUAAGCUUAGACUGCACAUAGUGACUUCCUUCUAAACAAAAAGAAUAGUAGUAACUUUACAGUUAAAAAAACCUGAAAAAUACUAGUCAAAUAAUCCAAAUGUUAAGACAUGUUGACAGUAUAUACCCAUGAUACCACCAAUGAGAAUGACAUUUUACGUCUGUGGUUUUCUUUCUCAAUACACAGAGGUUCAACCCUAAGAAAAUCAGCAGACAAAUCCCAAGUGAGGGUCAUCCUACAAAAUACCUGACCAGUCAGUACUCCUCAAAACUGCCAGGGUUUUGAAGGAAAUCUGAGAAACUGUAAAAACCAAGAGAAGCCCAAGAAGACAUGAUGACUAAAUGUAAUGUAGUAUCCUAGAUGGGAUCCUGGAACAGAAAAAGACAUUAGGUAAAAAUUAAGUAUGGACUUUAGUUAAUAAUAAUGCAUCAAUAUUGGUUCAUUAAUUCUAACAAAUGUAUCAAACUAAUGUAAGAUGUUAAUUAUAGGGGAAACUGAAUGUAAUAUAUGAGAACUCUGUACUAUCUUCAAUUUUUCUUUAAAUCCAAAACUGUUCUAAAACAAAAAGUUAAUUUAAAAGAAAUUAAGUUGGUAAGAGGAAAAAAAAAAAUGCCAGCCUAAUCACACUUUCACGCUGCUAGUACAAACUUCAUGGUAUGUCAUAAAUUUUCUGCAAAUUCUUGGGUCCCAUUCCCAGAGUUUCUGAUUUAGUAGGUCUGAGGCUGGGGACCGAGUUGGCAUUUCAAAUAAAUUCUGAGAUUGAUCCUGCUGGUCUAAAAAUGGUAUUUUGAUAGUCACUGGCCUCGCCUAGAAGAUGGAAAUCAAAACACACGAUCCCUUGCUACCUAUCCUAUGUCUACAAUCUCAUCUGUCUUUCCUAUGCAGGUAUCUUUUGUUGUAGACACUUUAUGUACUGCUGAAAGCAGGUCUCAUACUAAUGGGGAAACAAAGACCACAAUCUAAUGCUGUUUCAUUACACAUUUUUCUAACUGCAGAGAGGAAUUCCUAUCUAUAAGCUACAUACAAGAUACAUACCAAAAAUGACAAUGGAAACUUGUUUUUGAAACUGAGGAUCCUGAAACUUCCUUGGAGGCUGUUGAGAGAAACUAGACAUCUAAGAGUUGUCAAAUCACAAAUGACGAGUUUAUAAUCCAGCUAUUCUUAUAACUAAAAUAACCAAAAGGACUGCAUAUUUUAUUUUAUGAACUUAUUUCCUAAGAAAACAUAUGAAACUCAAAAUUUAUUCCUGGUGACCAAACAUAGUGUUACCAAGUUUUUCUAUGCUAUUGCCAAUGUUUUAUGGAACCUAUUAAUUUAAUUGACAGACACAAGCAGCACAGAGUAGCAGUUAAGAGCACAAAACACAAAGCCACGCUGCUGGAGCUAGGAAUCUCUACUCUCUAUAAACUCACUAGCUUUGACUUAGAUGAGUUAUUUAACCUAUGAAAUAAAUCACUUUCCUCACCUGUAAUAUAGUGAUAGCCUAUCUCAUAGAGUUACCAUUAGGAUACAUUCAUAUUCAUUAAAAUCCUUAAAACACUGACUAGCCCAUAACU